GUAUGUAUUUGAGUUUGAAUAAUAUUUCAGUGAUAGGCAGUCAGAUAGGUAUUUUAAAUAAUGGUACUAUAAUUUUACAGAAUAGUUCAUUAAAUACAUCAUAUUUUGGCUGUUAGAUAAACUAAGGGUACAUGAAUAUGUUGAUUUAUGAAUAGUAAUGCUAGAGGUCCUGAAUUUAUCAAUUAUAAUUAAAAUUGUUUUGGAAAUGGUGGUUCGAAUUCUGGAUAUGGUGGAAUAGGAUUAAAUAUUGGAGAUUCAAUUUUAAAUGAUUGUAAAUUCUUAGCAAAUUCAACUAGAUUUAUGUUUAAUUUAUAUCCAUAUGGUUACUUAUUAACUAAUCUUUAUUAAGGUUCUGGUGGUAGUUCUAAUAAUUUAUUUGAUUUAGCAAAAUAGUUUGAAACCAUUUCAAACAUAUUAUAAUAUGGAUUUGGUGGUGGUUCAAUAUUUAUAUAUGCUAAUUAAUCACUUAAUAUGAUAAAUUCUUAAUUAUUAGCAAAUGGACAAAAAGGUUUUGUUGAUUAGUAAACUAAUUAUAGUAUUGGAGGUGGUGCUGGUGGUUCUAUUAAAAUAUAUUCAACUCAAUUUAUAAGUGAUAAUUUAUCAUCUAUUUAAAUAAGUGGUGGAGAUAGUGAUUAAAAUAAUUUAGUAGGUGAAGGUGGAGGAGGAGUGCUUCAAUAUAAAUGUUUAACAAGUCCUUUAAAUUAAUAUUAAUCUAUUGAUCUAUCUACUUAUUGUUCAAAUAGUACAUUUCUAGGAUAUAUAACUAAUACUCCUGGUAAAAGAGAUAACAAACUUAAUCCAGAUUUACUUGGAUAAAAUGGAAGUUUAAUAGAACCAUUAUGUCCACCUGGUUAUAAAGUUCUUAAACUAUCAUGCGUACCAUGUCAAUAAAAUUAAACCUAUUCCAUUUGGUGGAGUUCAUAAUGUGUACCAUGUCCAUAUACAUAUGUAUAUACUAUUAUAUUUUAUUUAUUUUAGGGAAAAUUUGAUGAUUCUGCUAAUACAUUUUGUAAUCAAUAACCAAGGUGUUAAACUUCAGAAUGUUGUGUUGAAGAUAUUAAUAUUCUAAGAAAUACUGGAAUUUAAUUAGUUGUUUUUAUUAUUUUAAUUAUUAUUGGUUAUAUUUUAAGAAGAUAAUAUAAAAAGAAAGAUUCAACUACUGAAAAAAACUUUAAUUUUGAAAAUGCUACCAAAGAAAUUAUUGCAGAUAAAAUUAUCACUGAAAGCUUAUAAGAAACUGAUUAGUUUGUCUUAGGUGAUUUAAUGUAUCAUGCACAUAGAAUACCUGUCAUUGGUAAUAAUACUUUUCUUAAUCCAUGGUUUUUACAUUCUGAACCACCUGUUGAAAUUGACAAAGCUGUUAAUAAAGAUGAAUAUGAACAAUUUGCAAAAAAUUUCAAUUCAAUUGCUGCUUGGAGUAAAACUAAAUAUAUCAUCUUAAACAUUUUAGCCAUCUUAUAUUACCCUUUAUAUUGGGGAUGGUAAACUAAAAUCAAAAAAGAUAAAUAUAAAUUAUUAGCUGCUUUGUUGAAUAAAAAUCAAAUUCCAAAAUUUUGGAAAUAAGCAUCAGAUCAAACUUAUGGUAGAUUUAAAAUGACUAAAAGUGCAGAUUACACUCUUUUGUAUAUUGAUAUCUUUAAUUAUAAGAAUUGUGAUUUAAAAUACAUUUAUCUUACUUGUCCUUUUAUUAUAUAUUUAUCUGGAGAAGGUAAUUAUUUGAGACCAUUUUAUUUAUGUGAAUCAGAUUAAUUUUUGGUUUCUCUUUUUUUUGCUGUAAAUUAGACAAAGAAUUCUAUAUAAAACAGGCAAAAUAUUUUGACUAAUUUGGUUAGUAAAGAUGAGAGAGAAGAGAAUUCAAAAGAAAUCAGAAGAUUCUUAAAGAAAUUCAAUAAAGUAGCUAUGACUUUGGAUUUUGGAGCAUUAGAUAAGAGUUUUAUAUCAAACUUCAAAAGAUUAUUUGAUUUAUUGGAGAAAUGGAAUAAUCUAUUUUUUAAUAAUCAUAAUGUGAAAUUAUAAUUAUUGGUUGCUUAAUUUCCAUUUGAUUCUUAACAUCAAUCAUCAACAAUAACAUUGAUAGAAAUGAAAUCAGAGAAAUAGUUCAAUGAUUUUAUGAAAGAUCUUCAUAAGAAUAUCAUAUUUUAGAAAUUGUAAGAUGUAAAAUUUGGUGUAUUUAUUUUCAAUACAGAGUAAGAUCCUGCAGAUAUAGAUUAGUAAUUGAAAAAUCAGAAUUUUAGUUUUAAUGAUUAUGAGGAUUUUUCAAUUAGACAUUUUGAAUAUGAAUAUGAUGAGGAUGAUUCGAUUGAUGUAGAUUAAUUGAGAGAAUAAUUUUUAUCUAAAAGUAGUGAUAAGGAUCAUUAAUAGAUGGGACAUACUAAACAUCAGUUUAAAUAGAUAACUAAGAAAUAAAGUUAAAGAGCAAACUCUUUUUCUAAAACAUAUCAUUUGAUCAUUAGAAUAUUCGAUUAUAUAAGAUUCCAAUCAUUUUCUCAUAAACGAACAUUUUUGGAUAAGUAUACAUUAAUUAUAAUGAUUUGUAUACUAAUAUUAUUGGACAAUGUAGAUAUUAUUAUAUAAUUAGUUUUUAUUACAAAGUAUUCUAAGUUUGAUAAUAGGGAAGUAUAAUUGGGUUGAUGAGAAAGAAGAUAUUUUGGAUUUAUAAUUGAUUUUAUUACCUUAUCCAUUUACGAUAAUAAUGUCAAAUUUAUUUGAAUCAAUAUGGGUAUUUGAUAAUAUAAAUGUGAGAUUCCAAGUUAAUCGUAUGGUAUAUUGAAAUUAUACUUGAUAUUUAAUGCAAUGGCGACAUUUCAAUAUUUUAUAAGUUUACUAAUAUUUGCAUGUAAUCAUGAUAGAUAAUAAAUGUGUAUACAUGAUACAUUGACAGUUUUAUCAUUUUUAAUAAAGAUUACAUUGAAUUAAUUAAGUGAGAGAUUAAUACCAAUGAGUACAAAAUUGAAUUAAUUGAGUAAUGAAAAAUAAAUAUGA